GGUGGGGACCUGUGGAUUUAUUUCCGGGCCCUCUUACCCCAGGCCUGGCAUGGCCCUGUCUGGAGUGAGUGGGUGGGCUCCCAGCAGAGCUGAGAGUGAGGCUCCAGGUGUUCCUCCCUGGGCCCACCCCACAUUUGAUCAGUCUGUCCCCCUCCCCCCCAUCCUGGCAUUAGGUACCUUAGACACAGGAUUUCUGACCCCCGGACAGGCGAGAAGACCCACCUUGGCCCCUCCCUUCCCUGCUUCUUUCUCCCACCUGCCCAGAGUGAUCUUUCUCAACCAAACUCUAACAGGUCCCUCCUCAGCUGAAAAUCCUGUCUUGGCUCCCACUGUCCUUGGGGCAAAGUUCAAACUCUAGGCCCUGGAGGCCCAGCAGACCUGACCUCUCCAGCCUGCCCACCCCACCCCCAUCCCUGGGAGCUGCUCUCAAUGACUCUGAAGUAGUUACUGAUUCUAACCUCGGGCCUUUCCCCUCGGUAUUUCUUCACUUCCUCUGGGAAGUUGCCCCGGACCCCCUGUCAGGUGAUCUUCUUGACUGUCACAGCGCCCUGUGGCCUCCCCGCGCAUCAAAGCACACUUCCCUUUGCUUAAUUAUCCCCUGUUUAGUCCGUCUCUCUCCCCCACCAAACGGCGAGCUGCCCUUCGGUAGAGACCCCGAGUAUUUUGUUCAGGGAUGUGUCCCCAGCUCCGGGAAUAGUGACUGGCACGUAGCGGGUGCUCAGUAAACAUUGGCUAAGUGAAGGAAUGGAUGCCUUUUGCUAGAUGAUGCCAGAUUGCUUUGCAAAAAGGCUGUGGCAUUUCACACUGCCAGCAGCCACGUGAAGGUGUUCAUUUCCUCGCAUCCUCCCCCGAAAUGUGUAUCGUCCCUCGUCAAUCCCACGCUCUUUGUGAGGCGCCAGCCAGACCGAGGAAAUUUCCGCCCCCCUCCCCAGCCCGAGGCGGAGGCGGUUUCGGAACGUCAGGUGCCCAGACCCGCACUGCGCGGCGCCAGGGGGCGCCAGAGGCGGACGACCGUGCCGCGCUGAACUGGCGGGGGCGCGGGGUCCCGAAAGGGGCCCCGUCUAGCCUGGAGCUCCCGGCGCCCGCCCGCCCGCACUCCGCUGCGGGGCGAUCAGCGCAGCGCCCGCAGCCGGGCUUCCUUAGCGGCCCCCGCCCGGCCCCCAGCGCCACGCGGCGCUAGCCCCGCCAGCCCCCGGCGCACCUGCUCGGGGCGUGGCCUCUGGAGAAGGCGCGCCUCGAUUGGCGCGGAGGUGACAAAGGGGCGUGGCCUCAUCGUGCCCCGCCCCAUCCCGAGGCUGGCGUACUUAAAGGAGUUGGCGGCGCGUCUCCACUCACAGCGCAGCGGCACGGCCUCGCGGGUGGAGUGCUUCGGGACCCCUGCGCGACCCGGCAACCCCGGCUGCUUCGGCCACCAUGCCGCGCUCUUUUCUCGUCAGGAAGUCCGCCUGCUCCCGCCGGAGGCCCAACUACAGCGAGCUACACGACUCUUCUCCAGAGUUUACCUUCCAGCAGCCCUACGACCAGGCCCACCUGCUGGCGGCCAUCCCACCUCCCGAGGUCCUCAACCCCACGGCCUCUCUGCCCACGCUCAUCUGGGACUCUCUCCUGGCACCCCAAGCCCAGCCCAUCGGCUGGGCCUCCCUUCUGCCCCAGGAGGUCCCCAAGGCCGUGGAGCUGACCUCCCUGUCGGACGAGGACAGUGGGAAAGGCUCCCAGCCCCCCAGCCCCCCCUCACCGGCUCCUUCGUCCUUCUCUUCCACCUCAGCCUCUUCCUUGGAGGCGGAGGGCUAUGUUGCCUUCCCAGGCUUGGGCCAGUUGCCCACGCAGCUGGCUGGGCUCUCCGUGGCCAAGGACUCCCAGACUCGCAAGGCCUUCAACUGCAAGUACUGCAACAAGGAAUACCUCAGCCUGGGUGCCCUCAAGAUGCACAUCCGCAGCCACACGCUGCCCUGCGUCUGUGGCACCUGCGGGAAGGCCUUCUCCAGGCCCUGGCUGCUGCAGGGCCACGUCCGGACCCACACCGGCGAGAAGCCCUUUUCCUGCUCCCACUGCAGCCGUGCCUUUGCCGACCGCUCCAACCUUCGGGCCCACCUGCAGACCCACUCAGAUGUCAAGAAGUAUCAGUGCAAGACAUGCUCCCGAACCUUCUCCCGUAUGUCCCUGCUGCACAAGCACCAGGAGUCAGGCUGCUCAGGGGGCCCCCGCUGACCCUCAGGGCGCCUCCUGCGCCUCUAGACCACCCCCUGCAUCGCAGCCUCUCAACUCCAGAAAGAAGGUGCCCCCAUACUUCUCACUGCCACGGAAUUCUCUUCUGAGCUCCCCUGUUUGGCUCUCUUGGCCCCGCAGGGCUCUGAGGACCAUGUUCCAGUUCUCUCUGCCCCAGGUGCCAGUGGGCUCUGAGGGAGGCCUUGCCGUGGACAUGUCUAUGGAUGGGUGAUAGGGAGGGGGGUUUACAGCCGACUGUUCUGGAGUCUGGCUUCUUUGUGUGGGUUUGUGUAUCCAAAGGUGUUUGGAUACAGCUGCUUUUGAGCUCCAGGACAAAAAGGAAGACUGAUAGGAAACUACCCCCCACUCAGGGGAACCCAUUCCUCCCUGACCUAGAACCCUCAGGCCACCCCUCCAGGAGGUGUGACUAACUGUGCAGUAAUCCACCCCCAGGUUCAGCCUGGGGGCCUGUGGGCAGUCACUGACACAAGGACGUGUCUAGACCCCAGGUUGCCCCGGGCCGGGCAGCUAUCUCAGUCUCCUGUUUGUCACCGUGGCACCUGUCUCAUGGGCAGUUCAACAACAGUCCCAAAAGGGUCUGUGAGUAAUUGCUGUCACUUGUUGGGGGCCUGAGUGGGGUGCUUCAGCCCGACCGAUGUGUCUCCCAGAACUAUUUUUGGGGUCUGACAGGUGGCCCCAGGAGGAAGAUGUUUACAUUUUUAAAGGUACACUGGUAUUUAUAUUGCAAGCAACAUUUUGUACUAAGGAAACAUUUUGUAUAGUUAUAUGUACAGUUUAUUGAUAUUCAAUAAAGUGGUUAAUUUAUGU